GAAGCAGCAGCAUCAUCACGAGUGCAAAUUGCAUUGUGCAUUGACCGAAGCUCGAGAGUAAGAAGGCCGCACGUGUUGGCUCGUCCACGGCUGCGCGUAAGCCUCCCGCGAUCUCUUGUUUGUUCGUAAUCUUGAUAUUUAUGGACGAGAGGGCAGGGAGCGCGACGGCGGCUCGAUCUCCAUCCCGGAGACUCUUCUCUUCUUCGUCGUGAGGUUGAUUGGGCCUGUGGGUGGGUCGGUAAAGGAGUUAAACGAGCGGCGGGAAGGGAACGCAGAGCAGGCGAGGAUGCUACUGUUCCACAGAAAAUGCGGCGACCGCGUGAGCCUCAUAAACAAUCAGUGCACAGCUGUGAGGAACAUCUCCGAGUACAAUUACGGUCUGGUGUUUAGCGCCGAGCCACUGAGGGAUGACGAAGUUUUUCGAGUUCGGAUCGACAAGAAGAUGAUGGUUUGGAGCGGGAGCAUAGAAAUUGGAGUUACAGCCUGCGAUCCGAACAAAACCAAUUUACCUGCCUUGGCUAUUGAUUUACGUCAUGGCUCCUGGAUCAUGAGCGGAUCUAGUAUUAUACACGACGGAGAACCAAUAUUAGAAUUAUAUGGAAUAGAUUUAAGUACGUUAGACGAAGGAAAUACUCUUGGAGUAUGUCGGACAUCUAAGGGUGAGCUUGUUUUUUACAUUAAUGGAUCGCCUCAAGGAAUCGCAGCUACAAAUAUACCGUCUCAAGUUUAUGCGGUAAUUAACAUGUAUGGAAACUGCAUUCAAAUAACGACGCUUCAGCCUUCCAGUGGCCAUGUGGUGAGUCGAAGCAACGACGAGCUAACAAAUGAUAAUGUAGAGAUAAAUAACGACUAUGCCAUGGAAGGAGCCUCCGGUUCUUUAACUACAAAUUUAGUAGCCAAUCUAAAUAUCAAUCUUAAUGUGCUGCCAAAAAAUCCAAGUAUAGCCGCGAUAAGGGAGGAUAGAUUGAAGUUUCACGAGCGAGUAGGCUCAUUAGUUAAAUUAUCUAACAAUGCCCGUACAGCGGAAAGAAGGAGGCCUUUCGACGAAUUUAAUAAUGGAGUCGUUAUGACUCAUAGAACUUUGCGAGAUAAUGAAUUGUUCGAGAUUCGAAUAGACAGACUAAUUGACAAAUGGUCUGGCAGCAUUGAAAUGGGUGUUACCACAUAUAGUCCAACUGUCUUGGAAUUCCCUUCAACUAUGACAAAUAUGCGUUCCGGUACCACCAUGAUGUCUGGUUGUGGAAUUUUAACUUGUGGCCAAGGAACACAACGUGAAUACGGUGAAUUUAAUUUAGAUGAACUACGAGAAGGCGAUAGAGUAGGCAUGAUGAGGAAAAGUAAUGGCAAUCUUCAUUAUUUUAUAAAUGGUCUUGACCAAGGUAUCGCUGCAAAAGUUCCCACUGGAAUCUGGGGAGUUAUAGAUUUAUAUGGCAUGACCGUUAAAGUUACAAUUGUGGAUCGCGAUGAAAGGGAAGAGCAAAAUCUUAUUACCAGAAGAAACACAUUACAGUUACAAGGAAUUAGCGAAGCAGAUGAGACGGAAGAACCUCUAGAUAGAUUAAUGUUCCAUCCACGCUGUGGUACUCGAGCAGAUGUAAUUAAUAAUGGGCGCACGGCACACAGACCAAACGCUAUUGAUGACUUUAACAACGGUGUUGUUUUGACAUCGCGGCCAUUAAAACCGAACGAAUUGUUCGAGAUAAGACUAGAUAAGAUAGUGACAAAAUGGGCAGGAACGAUAGAAAUUGGCGUUACCACUCAUGCUCCAACCGAAUUGGAGUUCCCGUUUACCAUGACGAAUGUGAGAUCGGGCACGUGGAUGAUGACAGACAACGGAGUCAUGCACAACGGCACCACGACGAUCGAUCAAUAUGGACAGAAUCUCGAUCGGCUUCACGUGGGCGAUCGCGUUGGUGUUAUGCGCAAAGAGAAUUCAUCGCUGCACUUCUUCGUAAACGGCUCGGAUCAAGGAGUCGCAGCCACCGGCAUUCCGGAGAAUGUUUUUGGCGUCAUAGACCUUUAUGGGCAAGCGGCACAGGCAACCAUCAUUGAUAAUUCGGACUUUUGCAGUCCAACGACAAUUAACUCGAGUCUUAGCAACACCACCCUGUAUUGCGAUCUGCGCUUUCACCACAAACACGGUCAAAAUGCCCGCAUCACGAACAAUGGCUUAACGGCCUCGCGACCUCGUGCUCUUGGCGAAUUCAACAAUGCCAUCGUCAUAGGAAAUCGAGCAUUACGCGAUGGUGAAAUGUUCGAAGUUUCUAUCGAUAAAAUGGUCGACCGUUGGUCCGGUGCCAUUGAAGCAGGUGUCACCGCAAUAAGACCCGACAAGCUCAAAUUCCCCAUGACAAUGACAGACAUCAAUUACGACACGUGGAUGUUGUCCGGAUCCAGCUUGAUGUACGAUGGACUGACACUUCGAGAUAAAUAUUCCUGCGACCUGGACGAACUCGCCGAGGGCAAUCGUAUUGGUAUAAUGAGGUGUUCCGAUUCCAGUCUACAUUACUAUUUAGACGGAGUGGAUCAAGGUCCGGCCUGCACUCGAAUACCCCCUCACGUUUAUCCAGUCAUCGAUCUUUAUGGACAGUGUGCCCAAGUAACCAUAGUGGUUCCCGAGCGUCGCGACACAAUGCUUCAAUUGUAUUUACCCUCGGAAAACAGCACGACAAGCCAGCAGGCCGAAAUAACCCACACGUUCCACGAGUCCGUAGGCUCGAACAUCCAGCUGGACACGAGUCGCACGGUGGCCACGAGGUGCCGGGAAUACUGCAAUGCUGUGCUGCUGAGCAACGAGGCUCUAGAGAAUAAUGAAAUUUUUGAGAUUAGCAUUCAGGAGGUGGCGAAUGAAUGGAGCGGCUCGCUUAGGAUAGGCAUAGUCAGUAACGAGAUCGGAAGUUGGCUCACCUCGACGAAUCUCGUUCAAGGCAUAACGUCCAUACCUGGGGAAUCCUGGUAUCUGACUGGUAACCAGAUCCGGCAUAAGACGCACUGCCUUUGUUGGAACUAUUGUCCAAGUCUGGAUUGGCUACGCGUGGGCGACAAAAUUGGCUUAAAGCGAACGAACGAGGGUAACCUGAAAUUUUACGUUAAUCGCGAAGACAUGGGCGUCGCUGCGUCCAACGUUCCGGAAAUGUGUUACGCCGUUAUUGAACUAUUUGGUAGCACGGCCGCCGUCACUAUUACCAGCACCAAACAGCAGAACAUGACGACAUCACCAAGUGGUAGUUUGAGAUUGCAAGAUUCGUUAGAGUUGCUGUUGGAUCCCGUGCCCCCUGGUAUACGAAGCGAUAACGGUAUGGAUACGUCGAUCGAUACGUGUGGCGAAGGUAAAUUAUUAAACGAACUGAUAACGCCAACUCAAAUGCCUCUGCCAUUGCUAGGCGAAACUGAUUGGCCAUAUGAAUUUCACGAAAAUCACGGUCGAAAUGUGCAAUUGGAGAAAAAAACAAUAGCUAAAAGAGUGGCAAGCUAUAAUCAGGGAAUGGUCAUGUCAAGUAAGCCUUUAAUAAAAAAUAAGCUACUUCAAGUUAAAAUUGAUAAAAUGAAUGAGCGAUGGGUGUCUGGAAUGCUGUGUGGAAUCUCGUGUUUAUCGCCUGACAAGAUAACUUUUCCCGUAACAGCUCUUGGAUUAAAAAAAUACUCGUGGAUCAUAUGCGGGGAUUGGCUAUCUCAUAACGGAACGAAGAUUCGAUCGUCUUAUGGCGCAAAUCUCGAGAGAUUGCACGUAGGUUCAACGGUAGGCCUACUGAUUGAUGAGGAUUCACGAUUACAUCUAUACAUCGACGGUCUAGAUCAAGGUGUUGCAGCCUCGGAUCUACCUCCGUACGUGUACGCGGUGAUCGAUCUCUAUGGCCAAUGCGAGCAGAUUUCCAUAGUCAAUGUAUCUAGCGAGAGCACGAACAGUCCACCCAUUAACUAUAACGAGAUGCUGAACGACACAAAUAAUGCGGCCGCUUGCGCGAUGGAGAGGCUGGCCAUCGAAGCGGAUGAUGUUGAGAAUUCGAGGGAAAAAGCAGAUCUCGAGUGUCAUGAGAAGGAAAGCGGUAGCGCAAUGCAUGUGGAUGAGCUUACGGAUGAGAUUCCAAGAUUAUUAGAUACGCAAGAAAGAGGCGGGAGUAACGAGGUGAAAGCAGAGCUAGACGAAGGAAAUCUGAGCACUACAGUGGCCAAGAAUAAUAAUUUAGCGAGCAGGAAUUCACUGUCUAAUCAUAAAGAACUGAAGCAAGCGAUGGCAUCCGAAAACUGCUCCGAGCUCUGCUCUGAUUCCCAAUCGAAUUCCGAAAGUUCCAGUAUCCACGUCCACGAUAAUGGCGCAUAUAAUGAUAAGGAUUCGAUAAUUCCUACACCAUUGCACGAUAAUGACAUCGCCGCUGCGGAAGACCACUACGAGUCACUACGAGAGGGAAGUAGUCAAGAUUCUCCUCUCGUCAUGAAUAAUAACGAACCCUGUUCGAACGUUGAAUUAAAUAACGCCACGAAUAUCAACAUUAAGAAUGGCUCGAUUAUAAAUUCAACAAAUAUCAGCACGUUAAGUACUGCUAUAAAUGCAACUAAUGCGAAUAAUGCGAUAAACGAGAGCAUUGCAUCGAAUAGUACGCAAAACAAUAACAACGCAAUAAUGACGGGGAGUUCGAAUGCUCGAGGUUGGCACACAAAUCAUUGCCCUACGAACGCACCCCAUGAGCUCGUCUUGAAUCUUCACAGGCACUCAUUGCAGGGUAUACAGAUUUCACACAACUACUUCUCCAACAGCAUUCUGAGCACUGCUCAGACAAUAUCCUCACACGCAUCGAUGCCGUCCACACCCUUGGCCACCAGCAAUUUGGUGAUGCCACCCUCGAGGAAAUGCGAGUACCUCAAAGCUUGCAUAAGACUGAAAAACUCAUUGGUAUUGCCGGAUGAGUUUUUCUCUCUCGACGAGAUACUUUGCUACUGCAGCUCCUGUUUCAAACUUGACGGUAACUCGGCCAUUUGUAAGAAAGGCGAGCCGUUGGCCGAGUUCGUGAUGCCGGUGGGCUGGGUUAGGUUCCCAUUGAAACCUAAUAUUAACGCCAAUCAAAUACCGCAGAGUGCAACCGAUAAGUGGCAUGUUGCCUUUUAUGGAACGAGAAUCGAUACUGUAACCAUAGUGGUUCCCGAGCGUCGCGACACAAUGCUUCAAUUGUAUUUACCCUCGGAAAACAGCACGACAAGCCAGCAGGCCGAAAUAACCCACACGUUCCACGAGUCCGUAGGCUCGAACAUCCAGCUGGACACGAGUCGCACGGUGGCCACGAGGUGCCGGGAAUACUGCAAUGCUGUGCUGCUGAGCAACGAGGCUCUAGAGAAUAAUGAAAUUUUUGAGAUUAGCAUUCAGGAGGUGGCGAAUGAAUGGAGCGGCUCGCUUAGGAUAGGCAUAGUCAGUAACGAGAUCGGAAGUUGGCUCACCUCGACGAAUCUCGUUCAAGGCAUAACGUCCAUACCUGGGGAAUCCUGGUAUCUGACUGGUAACCAGAUCCGGCAUAAGACGCACUGCCUUUGUUGGAACUAUUGUCCAAGUCUGGAUUGGCUACGCGUGGGCGACAAAAUUGGCUUAAAGCGAACGAACGAGGGUAACCUGAAAUUUUACGUUAAUCGCGAAGACAUGGGCGUCGCUGCGUCCAACGUUCCGGAAAUGUGUUACGCCGUUAUUGAACUAUUUGGUAGCACGGCCGCCGUCACUAUUACCAGCACCAAACAGCAGAACAUGACGACAUCACCAAGUGGUAGUUUGAGAUUGCAAGAUUCGUUAGAGUUGCUGUUGGAUCCCGUGCCCCCUGGUAUACGAAGCGAUAACGGUAUGGAUACGUCGAUCGAUACGUGUGGCGAAGGUAAAUUAUUAAACGAACUGAUAACGCCAACUCAAAUGCCUCUGCCAUUGCUAGGCGAAACUGAUUGGCCAUAUGAAUUUCACGAAAAUCACGGUCGAAAUGUGCAAUUGGAGAAAAAAACAAUAGCUAAAAGAGUGGCAAGCUAUAAUCAGGGAAUGGUCAUGUCAAGUAAGCCUUUAAUAAAAAAUAAGCUACUUCAAGUUAAAAUUGAUAAAAUGAAUGAGCGAUGGGUGUCUGGAAUGCUGUGUGGAAUCUCGUGUUUAUCGCCUGACAAGAUAACUUUUCCCGUAACAGCUCUUGGAUUAAAAAAAUACUCGUGGAUCAUAUGCGGGGAUUGGCUAUCUCAUAACGGAACGAAGAUUCGAUCGUCUUAUGGCGCAAAUCUCGAGAGAUUGCACGUAGGUUCAACGGUAGGCCUACUGAUUGAUGAGGAUUCACGAUUACAUCUAUACAUCGACGGUCUAGAUCAAGGUGUUGCAGCCUCGGAUCUACCUCCGUACGUGUACGCGGUGAUCGAUCUCUAUGGCCAAUGCGAGCAGAUUUCCAUAGUCAAUGUAUCUAGCGAGAGCACGAACAGUCCACCCAUUAACUAUAACGAGAUGCUGAACGACACAAAUAAUGCGGCCGCUUGCGCGAUGGAGAGGCUGGCCAUCGAAGCGGAUGAUGUUGAGAAUUCGAGGGAAAAAGCAGAUCUCGAGUGUCAUGAGAAGGAAAGCGGUAGCGCAAUGCAUGUGGAUGAGCUUACGGAUGAGAUUCCAAGAUUAUUAGAUACGCAAGAAAGAGGCGGGAGUAACGAGGUGAAAGCAGAGCUAGACGAAGGAAAUCUGAGCACUACAGUGGCCAAGAAUAAUAAUUUAGCGAGCAGGAAUUCACUGUCUAAUCAUAAAGAACUGAAGCAAGCGAUGGCAUCCGAAAACUGCUCCGAGCUCUGCUCUGAUUCCCAAUCGAAUUCCGAAAGUUCCAGUAUCCACGUCCACGAUAAUGGCGCAUAUAAUGAUAAGGAUUCGAUAAUUCCUACACCAUUGCACGAUAAUGACAUCGCCGCUGCGGAAGACCACUACGAGUCACUACGAGAGGGAAGUAGUCAAGAUUCUCCUCUCGUCAUGAAUAAUAACGAACCCUGUUCGAACGUUGAAUUAAAUAACGCCACGAAUAUCAACAUUAAGAAUGGCUCGAUUAUAAAUUCAACAAAUAUCAGCACGUUAAGUACUGCUAUAAAUGCAACUAAUGCGAAUAAUGCGAUAAACGAGAGCAUUGCAUCGAAUAGUACGCAAAACAAUAACAACGCAAUAAUGACGGGGAGUUCGAAUGCUCGAGGUUGGCACACAAAUCAUUGCCCUACGAACGCACCCCAUGAGCUCGUCUUGAAUCUUCACAGGCACUCAUUGCAGGGUAUACAGAUUUCACACAACUACUUCUCCAACAGCAUUCUGAGCACUGCUCAGACAAUAUCCUCACACGCAUCGAUGCCGUCCACACCCUUGGCCACCAGCAAUUUGGUGAUGCCACCCUCGAGGAAAUGCGAGUACCUCAAAGCUUGCAUAAGACUGAAAAACUCAUUGGUAUUGCCGGAUGAAUUUUUCUCUCUCGACGAGAUACUUUGCUACUGCAGCUCCUGUUUCAAACUUGACGGUAACUCGGCCAUUUGUAAGAAAGGCGAGCCGUUGGCCGAGUUCGUGAUGCCGGUGGGCUGGGUUAGGUUCCCAUUGAAACCUAAUAUUAACGCCAAUCAAAUACCGCAGAGUGCAACCGAUAAGUGGCAUGUUGCCUUUUAUGGAACGAGAAUCGAUACUGUUAGAUGGAUUCUUGAUAACGGUAAACUAAUAACCAAAGAGCAGUUGGAUACCGACUCUCUAACAACUGGAACGAGUAGCGAGGAUCAAAAUCCUCAAGUUGUAUUUUCACCAAAUGUCAAGUGUGUAAUAUCUGAAGAAUUCAGCAAACAAUAUUCGUACAUUGACACUGAGUCAAAUAAGAAAGUCAACGUAUCAACCGCGUUUCAACUGCUCGUAAGGCCUGGCUCGUACACAACAUCCAGUAAAAAAGAUGGAUUAGACUCGCAACUCGAGUGUAUCGAGUGGGCGACUAAAGAGACAGGAGCGACAGUAACAAUAGCCCUUUUAAUUCAUCUGGAUGGAUUUUAAAACGAAAUUAGCAAUGUAUAGUUGAUAAGAAUGUAGAAAAAAAGCACGCAUGUAUUUUAAUGUAGUUGUGAUCACGAAUAUUCUUUUUUAGGGA